GUACAGUGAUAGCUGGAUAGUGUCAUUAUCAUUGAAGCUUCAGUGGUAAAUGCAAUAGGAUAUCAUUAGAAAGACAGAGAAGGAGCGGCUUGGUGGAAGAGAUAGCUGAUUAAGAGAGGAAAAUUCAGAUAUGUCGGCACUCUUCAAUUUCCACUCCUUCCUGACGGUAGUGCUGUUAGGGAUUUGUACAUGCACUUAUGUUAAGAUGCAUUUUCCAGCACUCCUUGAACAUAGAACUGGGUUUCGAGGUUUCUUUUGGAAGGCUGCUAGAGUAGGUGAACGGUUGAGUCCUUGGGUGGCAGUGGGCUGCUUGACGAUGGGUGUUUCAAUAAUCUUCUUCUGAGAGAACAACUGUUUGUAACUCGAGAAAGUACACUCUCAGCUGGGAGUAAAUUAACAGUUGAAUUUGUUUUUCAUCAAAUGAUUUCUUUGAUUAAUUAAAGGAUGAUAGCAAGCUUGAUGUGAGACCAACACCAGCUUUCCUUCAUCACUAACUGGAUCCUGAACUUAGGAGUCGUUUGGACAUGUAAUUUGGAUAUCUUAAGUUGUAUUUUCUCUAAUAGACAUAAAAACCCCACAAGUUGUGAAAACUAUUAAAACAUUUUCAAUUCUUAUACAA